AAAUGCAUUUACCACAUUGGCACAGAAUAUCUCAAAUGAUUGCCCUACGGAAAUAAUCCCCGAAAAAAAGAAACGCUAAAAACAAAUAUGAACAUUUUCGUAAAUGCCAUCAGCGGAAAACUCCGAUAACAAAGCCGUGUGAAAAGCGCCGAGUGAAAGCUGUAAAGCAAACAAACCUCGAGGCGGUCGAAAAAACUAGAGCGACAGAGGGGCGGCUAAAAGCGAGGAACCAGAUCCGGGAGGAUGCACUUUGGCCAGGAGACGAGGCCAUCCUUGGGGCUCCUGGCUGUGGCUGAGUCGACCGCAACGGCAAGUUGAUGUUGCCCCCGUCCUGGCAUCUAAUUGGGGCCCUCCUCGUGCUCGUGGCAACAGCGGGGGACUCCACCAACAAGAUCAUCCUGCCGCAGAUACUCAACGGCAGCGGGGUCGGAGGCGGAGGCAUCGCCGGGGGCAAGCAUCCGUCCGGCUCCAAGACAGUGUUGGCGGGUUUCGGUGGUCCGGGAGCGGGAACGGGAACAGGAGCAGGAGCAGGAGCUGGCGGAGGAGCUGUGGUUGGCAGCGGCACCGCUAACACGGUGGUCGGAAGCAAUGGCGUGAUUGUUGCCGGCGGCGUGGCCAAUGUGCCGACCUCGAAUUUAAACACUGUUGUCGAAGAACCCGAAUUUACCGAAUACAUCGAAAAUGUAACUGUACCUGCUGGACGUAACGUUAAACUGGGAUGCUCCGUUAAAAAUCUGGGAUCUUACAAGGUCGCCUGGAUGCACUUUGAGCAAUCCGCCAUUUUGACCGUUCACAAUCACGUGAUCACGCGCAAUCCUCGCAUUAGUGUCACGCACGACAAGCACGACCGCCAUCGCACCUGGUAUCUUCAUAUAAACAACGUGCACGAGGAGGACAGGGGGAGGUAUAUGUGCCAGAUCAACACGGUGACGGCCAAAACGCAGUUUGGCUACCUCAACGUAGUGGUUCCCCCGAACAUUGACGAUUCGCUGAGCUCCAGCGAUGUGAUUGUCCGGGAGGGCGCCAACAUAUCGCUGAGGUGUCGGGCCAGUGGCAGUCCUCGCCCCAUUAUCAAAUGGAAACGGGAUGAUAACUCCCGCAUAGCCAUCAAUAAGAAUCACAUAGUGAACGAGUGGGAGGGCGACACCCUGGAGAUCACUCGCAUCUCGCGUCUGGACAUGGGCGCCUAUCUGUGCAUCGCCUCCAACGGAGUGCCCCCCACGGUUUCCAAGCGCAUCAAAGUCAGUGUGGACUUUCCUCCAAUGCUGUUGAUACCCCAUCAAUUGGUUGGCGCUCCAGAAGGUUUCAAUGUUACCAUCGAAUGCUUCACUGAGGCACAUCCCACAUCCCUCAACUAUUGGACACGUGGCGAGGGACCAAUUAUUCACGAUUCGCACAAGUACAAAGUUGAAGCAAGCAUCGGGCUGCCAGCGUACAAGACCCAUAUGAAGUUGACCAUCAUCAAUGUGGGUAGUGGCGAUGAUGGCAUCUACAAAUGUGUGGCCAAGAAUCCCAGAGGCGAAACGGAUGGCAUUAUUCGGCUGUAUGUCUCCUAUCCGCCAACGACUGCCUCAUCGGGUCUGUAUUCCACGGAUUCGCAUUGGGGAGAGAAUGGGAUCAAUAACAACUAUGCAUAUGGAGGAUCCGACUCCACGAGGUCCAUCUAUGGACAGGAUAAAAAUAAGACCCAGAACCCGCUGCUGGCCACCGGCAAUGGCAACGAGGCGGAUGCGGAAUCCAGCGGUGGCCACAAUCCCUCCGUGGACAUUGCGUGGCUGCUGCUCCUCGUCAUCAUCCCGACACUAUUGUUAACACUCCGAACUGCCAUCGGUUCUAGCCCUAGAGUAAGUCUGUGUUAGUUAAAGCAAAUCUAGCCUAGAGUUUACACACCUACACUUCACCUACAUAAGGCUUUUGCGGUACAGUUAGCGAUUAAAUAUAACGAAAUUAUAUACAUACAUGUACUCGAAUAGUCCCUAGUGAAACAGACCCUGAUUACGAUCCGCCCUUCCCCCAUAUAUAUAUAGAACACGAACGUAUAUAUAUAUAUAUGAGACACCAUAUGUAUAUCCAUCAAUCACGACCCUGAUCGGGAAUCUAUAUAGUACACUCAUAACCACAGCUAUGUAUAGGAGUUAAGACAAAAAAAAACCAACCAAAGGGUAAAUGCAAUUUCGUUUUGCUUUCAAUGCUGUGCUUCAAAACUGAGAAAGUUUCAUAGUUAAAUCACAUAGUACACGACACGAUCUAAGUAUAAAUAUAUAUAUAAAUACACAUCUAUCUAUAUAAUCGUGCGUCAAACGCUGCUGACACCCACAAAACAUGCAUAUAAUAUGGCAAACACCCAAUUAAAUAUUUAUUCAGAUAGACGCCUUAAGGAUUGCAAGUUAAAUGCAAAAUAAAAUAGGUAACUAAGCCCGCACACAUAUCGAGUAUGGAAAUCGAAGUACUUAGAAUACGAAAUUACCUUUACCGUUUAUAUUUUUUGUAGAUAUAGGUCAGUUGAGUUCAAGUUGAGGACAUUUUGCAACAUUUGGAUUCAUUUUAAAGUUACAAUUUAAGUGAACGAUAGCUUUGAAGGCAGAAUAAAUGAAAUGGUAAAAGAAAUAA